UCAUUAUUGAGAAAAUCACAUUGUCUUAUUCCUAGUCAUUCCAAAUAUUUGAUUUAAAAAAUUUACAUUUAUUUUUUACUAAAUAUUAAAGAAGACCUGACAAAUUUAUUAUAUUUAAUAUAUUAUUUUAAUGUGAAUCUUUAGCUAAAUAACGACAAUUCAUUUCUAAGAAAAAUGGGGACUGUUCAUGCAAAGGAAUCAAAUAUGUCCAGAAAUAUAAACAGAUCUUCAAGUAACGAAAAAGAAAAUUUUAAAGAGGAUAAUCCUUCCUUACAUUUUCAUGAGAAGAUGAAUUUACUAGAAAGAAAAAAAGGACAAGCCGUUGAUCUUCAUUUGAAGGCAAGAGUUGAUAGAAUACAUGUAGAUGGCCUCAUAAGAACAAAAGAUGACAUAAUAAAAGCCCAAGUAACAGAACUGUUUAAAGCUCAAGAUUUUUAUGAUAUUAUUAUACAUGCCUAUAAAGUUAGAGAAAAAUUGCAAGGUUUAGGAUGUUUCGGAAAUAUUGGAAUUUACAUUGAUACCAGUCAUGGUCCUCAUGCUACCCCAGAAGGUGUUGAAGUUACCUUUAUGGUAAAUGAAAUGAGACGCCUAACAGGUGGAAUUAGCACCAUGGUUGGAAAUAAUGAAGGUUCAGUUAUUGUUCAAGCGAAAGCACCAAAUUUAUUUGGAAGAGGAGAACGUCUUCAGAUGGAAUAUUCUUACGGUUCAAAAAGUUCAACUAAUAUAAGCAUAUCUGUUGUUAAACCAUUUAUGGGUAGUUCGCGUCAUAAAAUAUUAACUGGUAGCGUGUUCAAUACAUCAAAUAGGUUUCCAUGGUCUGGUUUUAGUCAAUGCGACAAAGGUCUUUUAAUAGAUCUUGCCUUUAAUCCAGAUGGAACUGGUAUAUUAAAGCAUAAUUUACAGUAUGAAGCCACGUAUAGGGAAAUUAUUUCUUCUAAGCAAAUGUCGUUUCGCGUUCGGGAACAAUGCGGUCCAAAUUUGAAAUCUGCGCUACGGCAUAUUUGUUCCAUCGAUAAAAGAGAUUCUUUAAUAUUUCCUACUACUGGAAGUCUCAUACAAUUUUCGACAGAAGUGGCUGGUCUAGGCGGAGAUAUUGGGUUUGUUAAAAAUGAACUUAUCGUGCAAACUAAUUGGACACCUCAUGAAUACGCAACCUUCCAGAUGGGUUUUCAAUCCGGAUUGCUUCGAGGAAUUAGCAACGACAUGAAAAUAAAUAUUGCAGAUCAGUUUUUCUUGGGUGGACCAUUGAAUCUUAGAGGAUUCGAUAUGAGAGGUUGUGGACCUCGUCUCGAUGGAAAUUCCCUUGGCGGCAAUGCAUAUUGGGCACUUGCGCUUCAUUUAUACACACCACUGCCAUUCAGGCCCGGUCGCCAUAGUUUCGGUGAUUUGUUCAAGUUGCAUGGUUUUAUCAAUGGUGGAAAUGUGUCGAAUUUUACUUUCAAAUUUGCGAACGAUUAUAAAGAAAAUAUGAAAAUUUUUAAAGAAGAUGUUCGCUGUGCGGUUGGCGGAGGUAUUGCAAUGAAAUUUGGAAAUAUAGCAAGAGUAGAAUUAAACUUAGUUAUGCCUUUAUUAUUUGUCAGGAACGACGUAUUGCAACAAUUUCAAUUUGGUAUUGGUUUGCAGUACUUAUAAAUAGCUUUUCAUGAUAGUAAAUUGUGUACAUCCUAUAUUAUUUUUACAUGUGCAUUUAAUGUAAAAUAAAUUACAAUCAUAAAUUUAUUAUUCUUAUGAGAAA